AUGAGAGAUACGCUAAUCAAUCUGGCAAUUAUCUUUUGUUACCUUCAAGCGGCAUCAAUACUUGCGGAGGACCAAGUUGAAUUACAUCCCGUUUAUAGCAAAUCAAACAAACAUACCGGAUAUACUAUAAAGGUGUUGAUCGGUGAACCGAAAAAAGAGUUCUCUCUACUUUUGGAUACUGUUACCAGUUUUCUUUGGGUUUUCCGCCCUGUGUCUAUGUUAUCUUUCUCGAACGGCUCGGGAACUCUUUUGAUAAAAAAGCCUGCUUACUCAUAUUCCGCAUCGCAAACCUUUAAUGAAGCUAAUCGAAUUCACUUAGAUCACGUUUACGGUUCCAGAAGACUUGCACUUAGCAUAUUUACGGAUAAUAUUUCGUUUAAUUUAUUAGAUGGAACACGCGCAGAUUUCACAAGUUAUCAAUUUUGUGCAAUAAGUGCAUUGCAAUGGCCCGAAUUUGAUUAUCAAAAAAUCGAUGGUGUACUCGGUUUAUCAACGUUGCAUGUUUUUGGCUCUCCAUUUGAAGCUUCUAGCCAGUCUUUCUCCGGCCAAUCGGUUUUAGACAAUCCAAUAAGGAGAGCUAUUCGGAAUUAUCUACUGCAUCCAGCUAUUACCAUUGCAUUGCCACCAUUGGAUUCUAAGAAGAAAGCGAUGUUAACGCUUGGUGGACGUAAUAACCAAUCAUGCGAUUUGAAUUAUGAAACCACAGAACCGCUUCGUUUGAAGCGUGAAACCACUGAAUUGCUUCGUUUGAUUAAUGAAAACAUUGUGAGGCAGAUUCAUGUGCCUCUUCCUCCUCUUUAUCAAAUAGCGUCUAAUCAAUCGGGAAAUCGUUACGAAUUCAAAUAUAACUUCAUCAAAAUGGGCGAUGUAAUGUCUUCCGUCGUAUCAUUUGCAUAUCCGAAUACUAUUGGGCCAUAUAUCGGUGUUCCUGACGAAUUCCUUCGUAAAAUCGUUGGGAAUCUCAAUGCAACGUUUGAUUCAUCAGAGAACAAAUAUAAGGUACAAUGUAAGGGAUCCGUCUCUUAUGAUACAUAUCAACCUUUCGAGAUAUCCACCGAUGGUAAUACUUACGUCGUUCCGCCACAACAUUUCAUAAUCAAACAUAAUCCGAACGAUACCCUAUGCGAGCUUGCGUUCAGAAAGAGUGAAAGAACUAUUUACACUUUAUAUGUGUCCGGAAAACCAGUCGAAUUAUAUGAAGAUAAUGAUCCAAACGUAGUUAUGCUUGGAAUACCAUUCUUCCAUCAAUAUUGUCUUACGUUGAAACCACGUGAUUAUAAUAUUAAUUUCUCACCGAUAAUUUAA